AUGGUUAACCUGUCGUCGCGCCUGAGUCUGCCCGCGCGGCUGAAGAGCAGCAGCAGCGUCAACACCCACAACACCUCCACCUCGCCCUCGGCCGCCAACAGCGAGUUCCCCAGCCGCAGCACCAGCCCCAAGCCCGGCAUGGCCGACAGCAAGAAUCCUCACUUGGUCCUGCGCACCUCGGUCCUCAAGGGCCGCGACCUCGCUGCGAAGGACAAGAGUGGCACCAGCGAUCCGUACCUCGUGCUCACUCUCGGCGACGCGAAAGAGGCCACGCCCGCCAUCAACAAGACGCUGAACCCGGAAUGGAACCAGACCUUCGACCUGCCCAUCGCGGGCUCGCAGAGCCUGCUCCUGGAAGCCGUGUGCUGGGACAAGGAUCGCUUCAGCAAGGACUACAUGGGCGAAUUCGACGUCGCGCUCGAGGAUAUCUUCACCAGCCACCGCGCGAAGACCGAGCAGAAAUGGUUCCCGCUCCAGUCGCGCAAAUCGGGCAAGAAGAAGUCGGAGGUCUCGGGCGAGGUGCUCCUGCAGUUCGAACUCGUCGACCCGUCCAACCCCUCGGCCACCCCUGAGCAGUUGUACCAGAGGUUCCUCGGUAUCGCCGUGGGCACGCCCAGCGGAGACGACGACGAUGAGGAUCUGGAGCGCUUGGACAGCGGAGACAUCGAGGAGACGGAGGAAGAAGAGUCCUCGGACGAGGCUGACGAUGCCGACAAAGCGGACGCGAAGAAGGAGAAGAAGCGCAAGCGGUUGCGCAUGAAGAAGCUGCGGCGCAAGGCAAAGGAGCGCGCAUACGAGUUCUACGGAAGUUCAGACGUCGCUGGCGUUCUCUUCCUGGAAAUCACCAAGAUCACAGAUCUGCCGCCAGAGAAGAACAUUACGAGGACUGGAUUCGACAUGGAUCCUUUCGUGGUUACUUCUUUGGGCAAGAAGACCUACCGUACGCGCGCCAUCCGGCACAACCUUAACCCUGUCUUCGAGGAAAAGCUUGUUUUCCAAGUCAUGAAGCACGAGACAAACUAUUCCCUCAACUUCCAGGUUGUCGACAAGGACAAGCUUUCCAACCAUGACUAUGUCGGCGCGGCAAACUUCCCGCUCGAGAACUGCGUUUCUGUGGCUCCUCAAGCCGACCCUCUCACUGGUCUGUACAAGUUGCCCGAGCCGGAAGGCAAUGGCUCGCCGGUGCAAACCGAGCCAGAGAAGAAAAAACGCUUCAGACUACCAAUCUCGCGAUCAGCAUCAUCCACAAGUUUACACAAGCAGAAGGGACUGAAGAAGGAGAGCUCAUCGACGUCAUUGGCCAGCAGCAUGCACAACGGAAGCGGCUCCUCGGACCAGUCUGCUCCGUCGAAUGGUGGCCUUGCUCCGACGAGCACUCCGGGUGGUAUCCCCGCCAUCAACGUCGACACUGCCGCCUCUCCAAGUGAAGACUUCAAGUCGUUCACCAUUCCUCUUGAAUUGAAGAAGAGCGACCGCUGGGAGGGCAAGCACAGCCCGACGCUUCAUAUCAGGGCGAAGUACAUGCCGUACAAGGCUCUCCGACAACAAUUCUGGAGAGCCAUGCUGAAGCAGUAUGAUGCCGAUGAUAGCUGUCUCAUUGACAAGAUCGAAAUUGUAACGAUGCUGGACACUCUGGGCUCUACCCUUCACGAUACGACGAUCAACAGCUUUUUCGAGAGAUUUGCCGAAGAAAACGGCGAGCCUGUCCUAACAUUCGACCAGGCCGUCAUUUGCUUGGAGGACCAGAUCGAACAGUCCCAAUCUAAUGCUUCGACUCUUUCGUUCAGGAGCACACCGCUCAACAAUCAGUCGCAAACUUCCGUCAUUCCUGCAAUUGAACAGGAUACACUUGGACCCGAAGGCGAGCAUGGCGAAUUCCUGGAGCAGGAUGACCUUGCAGACGAGAAGGGUGAGGAGCACGUUGUGGAGAUCCGCGAGUGUCCCAUCUGCCACCAACCCCGCCUGAACAGGAAAUCCGAUGCCGACAUUAUCACACACAUUGCCACUUGUGCAAGUCAGGAUUGGAGGCAGGUCAACAACAUUGUCAUGGCCGGCUUUGUCACUUCCAGCCAGGCGCAGCGCAAGUGGUACUCCAAGGUCAUCACCAAGGUUUCGUACGGUGGCUACAAACUUGGUGCCAACUCUGCGAACAUCUUGGUGCAGGACCGCAUCACGGGCCAAAUCAACGAGGAACGCAUGAGUGUGUACGUCAGGUUGGGUAUCCGCUUGUUGUACAAGGGUCUCAAGCGGGGCGAGAUGGAGAGUAAGAAAGCUCGCAAGCUUCUGAAGUCGUUGAGUAUCAAGCAAGGCAAGAAGUACGACGACCCGGCCUCUGCGGCUGAAAUUCCGGGCUUCAUCAACUUCCACCAGCUCGAUAUGUCCGAAGUUCUCCUGCCGCUCGAGGAGUUCAAGACGUUCAACGAGUUCUUCUACCGUGCGCUGAAGCCCGGGGCACGUCCGUGCUCCGCACCCAAUGAUCCGCAGAUAAUUACCUCUCCUGCUGACUGCCGAUCGGUCAUGUUUAAUCAAAUCACUCAAGCACAGAAAAUAUGGGUCAAGGGCCGGGAGUUCACCAUGGAACGCCUUAUCGGCAAAGCUUACCCUGACGAUGUGAAGCGUUUCGAAGGUGGUGCUCUGGGCAUUUUCCGCCUGGCCCCGCAGGACUACCACCGCUUCCACAUCCCUGUUGAUGGCGUCAUGGGUGAGCCCAAGAUGAUUGAGGGCGAGUACUACACCGUCAACCCGAUGGCCAUCCGUUCUGCUUUGGAUGUCUACGGCGAGAACGUCCGUAUCUGCGUGCCGAUUGACUCGGUCGCCCAUGGUCGGGUCAUGGUCAUCUGUGUUGGUGCCAUGAUGGUCGGUAGCACUGUUAUCACCCGCAAUGCUGGUGAGAAGGUCACACGUGCUGAAGAGCUGGGCUACUUCAAGUUCGGUGGCAGCACGAUCUUGUUGCUGUUCGAGCCUGGUGUGAUGGAGUGGGACGAUGACCUGGUCGAUAACUCAAACCAGGCGCUGGAGACACUGAUCCGUGUUGGCAUGUCUGUCGGCCACAGCAUCGGCCACGCGCCUCACACCCCCGACAUGCGCAAGGCAAACCCCUCAAUGCAGGAGAAAGCGGAUGCGAAGAGACGCAUCGAGGGCAGCUUUGCGCCGUCCGCCCCAACUCAUGAGAAAGAGGAAGUGGUUGCGCCGCCUCCCCCAGCUCAGGAGAAAGAGGUUGUGGUUGCGCCGCCUCCUCCAGCUCAGGAGAAAGAGGUUGUGGUUGCGCCGCCUCCCCCAGCCCAGGAGAAAGAGGAAGUGGCUGCGCCGCCUCCCCCAGCUCAGGAGGAGAGAGAGGAUGAUCUGGGUUUCUUUGCACCGUCACUCUCAAUGCAGGAGAGAGAGGAUUCGAUGAAACGCGGUUUCUACUAG